UAUACAGCCUACACUGAUUCAAAACAAAAACAUUAUACAAAACACUUAAACAUUUCUGAAUUUUUUAUAAUUUCUUUUAUAGUUUGUCCCCAUUUGUAUUUACCUAAGCAUCAAAGUUGAAUGUAUAGAUAUAUUCAUACGUGUAUAUAUAUAACUGAUUAUUUGACUCUUUUUUUAUUAAGUGACACAGAAACAACAUUAUGCUCUUUGAAUUCAUCGCUUUGAUUGUCUUAUGUGGGUCGAAUGGUGUUAUUGGCGAUGAACGCGAUCAGAUACCCUUAGUGGAUCCCAAAGCGCCUGCUUGCAGUAUAUUCUGUGAAGUCUGUACUUCAUCAUUGAACAUUACAAAAUUCAUAUUGGACAAUGAACCUUUUCUACCGAUAAUAUUGGGAUAUCUAACUCCAAUAUGCUAUAUGUUACCUGAAAAACACUAUCGAGAAAAAUGUUAUGAACUUUUUGACCGUGGAGUAAUAGAGAAAAUUCAUGAAUGGCUUGAUCAAAUCAAUAUUUAUGAUUUCUGUUCUAAAAUCUGGCUUUGUAAUAACACGAUUUCAGGUUCUAGUGAAGAACCAUCUUGUAUAAAUCAACACAUGGAAUAUGCCUCAACAUACUUGAUGAAUCCCAAGUACGUUGAAACAGCCUCGGAAGAAUUGUGCAGAACUUAUACAGAAGAUUUUAGCGAAUGUAAAGAUACACUGAUGAUGCUUGCGAAUAAUUUCAUUAAGAUGCAACGACAACUGCUGGAUGUCUUUUAACAAAAUAAUAUAUCGUUUAAAUAAGGCUUCUUAACAUUGACACUUGGUUUUCCUUAUCUCCUACAUUAUCACUUUGACACACAUUAUUAUUACUUUUCGCACUUGUAACACAGGAUAAAUUUCAUUGAAAAAUAAAAAGAUACUUUACCUAAAACAGAUUUCUGUUGUAUUUCUUG